AUGUCUCCUCUUACAGUGGCAACAGCAGUCAAUAUGCUUCCUGUACUGUGUGAACUUGUAGACAGCCCCCAGGUGUCAGUGACCAGGAAAACAUCUUCUUUCAAGUCUGUCUAUCACGCAGUCAAGCUGGCAGGCAUGUCAUCUGUGAGAGGUAUUUCUCUCACAUGGGCAUUGAAAUACCUGGCUUGUGUCACAAACAUCAUGUCUAAACAGGACAGUAGAACAG